CGGCACCUUGCAGAUAAAAAAGUAGCAGGAGAAACAACAGGAAAAAGAAAAAAGAAGAAAAAAAAAAGUUUCGUCCUCGAGUCUCAUACCGACAGUCGCUCCCUCGCCAUACAUACACCCACAUUUUCCUCUCCUUGAGCGAUUUCCACUAAAAAUCGCCUUUCCGUUUCCCUUUUGUCUUUCCUCUCUCCCCACACCAUCAUGUCCUCCUUUUUACCUGUCAACAAUCAAAUAUCCUCACCGCAGGAUCGUCCGAUGGAGGAUGCGAAUACCCCGACACCUCGCGCAAGUGCAAGCAACGGCGCGGCCGCACAAACAAAACGAACCAGCUCCUGCGACGAGGACACUCCGCGAAACCUGAAGGAUCGCGACUACGAUGACCCAUCGCGGCCCGCAACGUCUUCCCAACGUGCCACCCCCACAGCGCCAGCGGAGGAGGGAACACUACACCAUGAGUCAGAUGGGGAGCACUCAGAUCACGAGCCGGAGAACGCGAACGACAGCAAUGCUCCGCCAUCCAAGAAGAAAAAGGGCCAACGGUUUUAUUGCACUGACUUUCCCCCUUGUAACCUGAGUUUCACCCGGAGUGAACACCUAGCUCGCCACAUUCGCAAACAUACCGGGGAGCGGCCAUUUCAAUGCCAUUGUUCUAGGCGAUUUUCUCGUCUUGAUAACCUGCGCCAACAUGCUCAGACGGUUCAUGUCAACGAAGAGAUCCCGGGCGACUCUCUCGCUGCCAUGGGUACGCGAUUUCAGCGACAGAUCCGCACAGACCGGGUUCGUCCGCAGGGCCGUGCUCGAGCGGGCACCGGCCCAAGUUCAACGCCUCAUAGUCGUGGCCAUAGUCGGAAUCUGUCCACAUCCAGUAUCGGGUCCACCGCAUCUACUUUCAGCCAGCCUCCAGAGAUCCGCCGGCGACCGACCUCGUUGAUCAUGCCUCACGACAAUAGUGCUCGCACGCGACUGGCCUUGGAUGGCAUGGUCGAACCUCCUAGUACACCCCCAGCUCAGAUCAGAGGAAGCAUUCCUGGUCCAUCGGUGGGAGGGUCGCCAUACACCCCAUCGCAUAUGUUUAGCGGUGCUCCGGAACAUCUUGCGUCGCCCAUGUCCACAGCCUCCCAGGCCUCUGGCUUCUGGGACGGAAAGACUGCCGCCCGACGUCUUUCGGUUCCCGCAGGGAUUAACCCAUUCGUACAGCAGCAACAGCCCGUCCAUGCGUACCCGCCGAGUUAUGUCGGUACGCCUAGCCAAGCCCCUUAUCCCGGUCCAGGAGGGGUUUAUGCUAGCCCGGUUAGCUCCAAUUAUUCGCGUGAUGAGGCAGAAGCGGACUUGCGUAGAAGAACUUGGCACCCGUCUACUUACCCUGCAUACCAGCGGCCUGCAACGAGUGGCUUAAGCAGUUAUCAAACUCCCGACGGGGCUCAACAGCAGCAGCAGCCUUCAUUCAGUAGUGCGAAUGGACAGGCGGAGCAGCAUCCGCCUCGGCUGCCUGGAAUUGAGAGCUUUGACAAGGUCAUUUCGCAACAACGACCACUCACGCCUCCGGGUCGUCGACCGAGUCCCAUGCAGGUUGACAGCGGUAACCAGCAGCGACCCGCGCCCAGUUAUGGUUUCGGGGGAGGUUUCAACUAUAGAGGCCAUGUCUCGUGGGAUCUGUCACUGCAUGCCAACUUGACUGGACUGAACAUCCGGGACAAGCCAUUCCAGCGCGAUGCAGCCCAAUGGGGCCAGCAGACUAUUGCGGAGAUUCAGAAUGUCGCAUCGCGACCAUCUACAUCCUACCAGCCGUCCGAACACCGAGGAAACCCCGGGCCGGGCCAUGGCUGGCACAGUAGCACGGCCUCGGGGUCCUCGCAGGCUACGCGGACGUCUCCUGAAGACUCGAGCAGUAGCGAGGGAGUCCACACGCCCUCCACGGCAUCCCUUGAAUACCACCCCGCUAUUGUGCACCACAAUGGGUCUAUCGAACCCCAUGCUCCCCACCACCAUAGCGCUCUAGCGUCCGAGACGUCUCAAUCAGGUUGCGCUCCACUUUCGUCUCAACCAAACGAUGGCGAUCAUGUGAAUAGUAAACACGAAUCUCGAUCCGAUCUUUUCAACACGACCCGGGAUUCCGGAAUGGGCAGACUUGAAGCUUUGGUCGCUGUGGCCACAAGCGAAAACAAAGGCGCUGCCAAAUUGUUUCUGUGAAACUUCUUUCGUUUCUGCUUUACUUGUUGAAGCCAUCUUAUAUAUACUCUACGACUGGAUACGAUCUUUUUUUUCUAUAACUCCGCUGAGCCGGUACCAUUUCGUUA